UCAAAAUGACGUAAAUAACAAUUUGCUUUUACAGAUGAUAAUGUCGUCAAAAAUAACAAUCCAGUCAUGGUUUCGCAAUUUAAAAACACCCUAUUGAAAGUUGUGAUUUUGGGUGAUGGUGGAGUUGGUAAAAGUUGCUUGAUGAAUCGUUUUGUCAAAAAUCAUUUUGAUGAACACAGUUUUCAUACUAUUGGUGUCGAAUUUAUGAAUAAAGAAAUUCAAGUUGACGGUGAAAAUUAUACAUUGCAGAUUUGGGACACUGCUGGUCAAGAACGAUUCAGAGCACUUAGAACUCCCUUUUAUAGAGGAUCAGAUGUUUGCCUAUUAACUUAUGCUGUUGAUGACUCAGCGAGUUUCAAAGGCCUGCAAGAAUGGCGUGAAGAAUUCCUGCGCUAUGCUGAUGUUUCACCUGAUACAUUCCCCUUUAUAGUUGUAGGAAAUAAGUGUGACGUUCCCCCUGAAGCUAGACAAAUAUCUCUAGAGUAUGUUGCUGAUUGGUGUAAUGAUAACCAUAUAACAUGUUUCAUUGAAACUUCAGCGAAAACUUCCCAAAAUGUUCUAGAAGCUUUUACUUUGGCUGUUCGACAAUGGUUGAGUUAUGAUCGAAAAGCAGAAUCAAUAUCUGGAACUGAUCCUUUAACUGUAGAUCUUAAAUCUCAAAGAAAAGUUGCAGCAGACAGUAGUUGUUGUGGAAGUGGUGAUACGUAAUAUUACACAAACACAAAAUGUUUUCUCUGUGACUAUUUGAGUCGAAUGUGAUAAAAUCAUUCAAAUCAAAAGCCUUAUUGUCCAUUUUAUAGAUUUUGAAUAUGAAACCUGUAAUUAUUACACGUUUCUGGCAGAAUAUUUGCUCAAAUAUGAAAUAUUUUCUUUAUAAUAGACCUAUAAAUAGGGAAGAGAGUCAAUGAAUACCUGUUCUGAAAGUAUCACAAAGAAAUAUAGCUUUGCCAUACUAUUAGCAAACAAUCAUAAUUUUGCAUGUAAGUUUUAAAAUGGUGUUGUUGCCUUUUAAAACAUUUGCUGAAAGUUCUUAUAUUAUAUUGAGCUAAUAUUUAUAUUGGUUACAUGCCAAUAGAAAUAAAUUUAUAUUUGAUGUUCAGUUUAUAUAUUAUUUUAAAUAAAAGAAUUAUAUUCAUGAAAUCAAAUAAAC